GAAAAUACUCAAAUCAUAAAAUCAUGACACCUUCUCCUCCUAGAUAUUUACAAGAGGAUAAUCUAAGUGAAGAGUGCAAGAAAUUGCUCUCUAUCUUACCAAAAGGAAAGGCAUGGAUUGGGUCAUAUAUCUACAAUUAUCAAGGUUGUUGGAUACCACCAAGAUUGCUUCAAGGUUUGAGCUUUUCUGGUCCGUUUUGGAAUCACGUGUUGGAUUAUUGGAAACAAAGCAUAGAAAAUCCUAACAAAGUAUUUUUCUUGAUGUAUGAAGAAAUUAAAGAGAAACCAAAAAUUCAGCUUAAACGCCUGGCUGAAUUUUUGGAAAGUCCAUUUUCUACAGAGGAAGAAAAUUGUGGAGUGGUGGAUGAAAUAUUAAGAAUGUGCAGCUUUGAGAAAUUGAAAAGUUUGGAGGUGAAUACAAAUGGAAAGUUGUCGUCUGGAGAGGAAAAUAAAGUGUUCUUUCGUCGAGGAGAAAUUGGAGAUUGGAGGAAUUAUUUUACUACAGAGAUGAACGAUAAACUCAAUCAUAUCAUUGAAGAAAAGUUUCAAGGAACUGGAUUGAAGUUUCAAUAUGUUUAAUUAAUAAGUAUUAAUAUGCUAUAGUUUCAAUUGACUGCAAUUAAAUAUUUUGAAAGUAAGUAUCUAACUAGUUGUGUUUGAGAGUAAUGUAACAAGAAUAGACAACAAAAGUUCUAUUGUUGUAUUAAUACUAUUAUAAAUGUUCAUUACUCAAA